AUGGAUGGAAUGGUGCGAAGAGAUGAUGGCUGCUCAAUUAAGACAUUGAAUCGUCUUGAACGGUUGCAGACGAUUAGUGCCAAUCUUCCAAAGGAUACGGUGCUUGCGAAAGUUAAAAAUUAUUUAAAGCUUCUUGGACGAAGGAUAGACCGAAUUGUUUUAGAUAACGAGGAGGAACCGCAUGGACAAGAUAAGAUGACAAAGCGCUUGUGGAACUAUGUUUCUACCUUUUCAAACCUGUCUGGGGAGAGACUUCAAGACAUUUAUUCGAAACUUAUACUGCAGCAGGAUGAGGAGGUUGGGCCUUCCCACAUCAAUGGCUCUGCAUCUGGUCCCUUUGGCAGAGACAGUGACCCUACUCCAUUUUCCCGUCAUGUGGACAGGCAAAGAGGGUACAAAAAUGUGACCAACUAUCAAUCUUUUGAACUUCAGAAGGGUCAUGAUACAGCUAAAUCUGAAGCAUGGAACGAAGGAGGAGAGGAGAAACUGAUAGUAAUUUACCAGUUCAGGCCUCAUCUCAAAGAAUUAUCAGCAAUGGUACUCGGUAACUGA